UCCGUCCGGCGCUCUGCGCGGAAAAAGGACCGCUCCGCCGCACCGACCCGGGGCGAAGCCGGGAAAGAAGGAGCCGUCGGGGCGCGCUUUUCCAGAGCCCGGGUUGCCUCCGCUGCUAGCCGCGGGGCUCCUCGGGAGGGGUCCGGGAAACCCACCGCUGGAUCGGAUCCGGGACGCUUCGAGGAGGAAGCAACCCGAGCGCGGAAGGCGAGAUCUUACCCGGGGCCUCCGCCCGCGCCGACGGAGGAGGAAGAGAUCGCGGCGCCGGCGAGGGCGCCAGGGAAGCCUCGGAGGGCAUGUAGAGCCCGGCUGGGGGUUGCAGACGUGGCUCCGCUUUUCCCCCUCGUGAUGGGAGGGGGUUUGAGCUAGCUCCGAGCUCUCCCCGUGGUCUCCCUUCCUCCCGCUGGCCGAGGGAAGGUCCAUGCUCCUGGACCCGAUGAGGCCGGGAGGGCGCCAUGGAGCCACUGAAAAGCAUGUUCCGGAAAGCCCCUCUGGUGGGCGGCUGGGGUCCAGCCGGCCCCCGAGUCGGGGCUCCCACCACUUACGCCAACCCGGUCUGGACGGCGUUGUUUGACUACGAGGCCGCCAGCACGGACGAGCUGACCCUGCGGAAAGGGGACUUGGUGGAAGUCCUGUCCUGGGACUCGGCCAUCUCCGGCGACGAAGGCUGGUGGGCCGGGAAGCUGAACGACCGGGUGGGCAUCUUCCCUUCGAAUUACGUCUCGCCCAAGACGGGGGGCUAUGCACCGCCGGGCGGGGACCCCCCUGAGGCCGACUUUCGGGACCUGACGCUGGAGGAGGUGAUUGGGGUGGGCGGCUUUGGGAAGGUGUACCGGGGCAGCUGGCGGGGGCAGUUGGUAGCAGUCAAGGCGGCCCGCCAGGACCCGGACGAGGACAUCAGCACCACGGCCGAGCGCGUUCGCCAGGAGGCCCGCCUCUUCGCCAUGCUGAAGCACGCCAACAUCAUCGCCCUGAAGGCCGUCUGCCUGCAGGGGCCCAACCUGUGUUUGGUGAUGGAGUACGCGGCCGGAGGGCCGCUCAGCCGGAUGCUGGCCGGACGCCGCAUCCCGCCACACAUCCUCAUCAACUGGGCCGUCCAGAUCGCGCAGGGCAUGGAGUACCUUCACUGUGGUGCCAUCGUGCCCGUCAUCCACCGGGACCUGAAAUCCAACAACAUUCUGCUGAGCGAAUACGUGGACGACGGCGAGGUCAGCGGGAAAACCCUAAAGAUCACCGAUUUCGGCCUGGCCAGGGAAUGGCACAAAACCACUAAAAUGAGCGCAGCCGGGACUUACGCUUGGAUGGCGCCGGAGGUCAUCAAAAAUUCCACUUUUUCCCGGGGUAGCGACGUCUGGAGUUAUGGGGUGCUCCUAUGGGAACUGCUCACCGGCGAAGUUCCAUACCGGGGAAUUGACGGGCUGGCUGUGGCUUAUGGGGUUGCCGUCAACAAACUCACCCUCCCGAUACCAUCUACGUGCCCGGAACCCUUUGUACGUUUAAUGACGGAGUGCUGGCAGCAGGACCCCCACGCACGCCCCAGCUUUGCCUCCAUCCUCGACCAGCUGACAGUCCUCGAAAGACAGGUGCUCCACGACCUGCCACAAGAGUCCUUCCAUUCCAUGCAGGACGACUGGAAAGUGGAGAUCCAGGAUAUGUUUGACGAGCUGCGUGCAAAAGAGAAGGAGCUGCUGAGCCGGGAGGAAGAGCUGAAGCAGGCGGCCCUGAAGCAGAAGUCCCAGGAGGAAUUCCUCCGCCAGCGAGAACACGAACUGGCCCAGUGGGAGCUGGAGGUCUUCGAGCGCGAACUCAGCCUCCUGAUCCAGCAGAUGAACCGCGACCGGCCGCACGUCAAGAAGCGCAAGGGAACCUUCAAGCGCAACAAGCUCCGAGGGAGGGACAGCGAGCGCAUCAGCAUGCCGCUCGGUAGGAAGGCCGGGUGCAAGAGAGCCCGCCUGGUGGUGGCGACAGUGGAACCGAGUGAGAGCGAUCAAUCCUGGAACCGACAAGCAUCUCGUCGGGGCGAUGAGACCUGGAAUGGCCAUACCAAGAGCCCAGGCUCCCCUAAGAUGUCUGAGGGCAGUACGCAAAACGGCAGGAGAAGAUCGCGGCCAGAAGAAACAACGUGGUACGUAGAACCGGUCGGUUCCCCUGUUCCCUCACAACUCCACUCUCAGCCCAGCCAGAACGGCGACGUUCCUGUCGUCAACUCUGCAGAAACCGAGGAGCCACCACUGGAAAGGCUGAACGGGCCCCGGCUCAUCCAGAGAGUUUUACUCCGGGGUUCGGCCUUGCUGGCUUCCCUGGGCUUGGGCCGAGAGUUGCCGGUCCCUUCUCCGGAGGGGCCCAGGGAGGGGCCAACUUCAAGGAAGCCAUCUCCCCGAAGAGAGCCUACUCCUGCUUUACAGGUGGAGCCCUGCAAGGAUGAGGCUGCCACUGAUCUCCUCAUUGAACUGGACUCGGUGGGGGACAGGACAGCCUUGCCACCUCUCUGGACACAAGAGUCACCCCGGGCGGCACAACUCGCAGAAGGCCGGACCACUAAGGCUCAAAAGUGGGAUGGCGCUUUCCCAUCUCCCUCCUCCCCCCGCAGCCCCCGUUCCCCUCGCCCCUCCCUUCACCCAACCCUCAUUUCCCGCCCCCGCCCCUCCCCUCUCCGCAGCCGGAUCGACCCCUGGAGCUUCGUGUCGUCGGGAUCCCGGGCCUCGCCAGCGGUCACCCCAGUCCAGUCGCCCUCCCUGGGUCCACGUCACUUCAAACCACUCGCUCCCGAAAGCACCAAUCCUUUCGGGGCGCCCGUUUCAGAUCCUUUCGCCUGGGGGGACUUUUCGGCGCCCGCCGACCCUUUUCUCGGGACCUCCGCACGGGCUGCCCCAGGGACGCUCGACCCCGCAGUUUGCUGGACCUCCAGACCUCUCCCAACUCCGCCAGACGACUUGCCAGCCUCCUCCUGGUGGGGGGAGACCUCCUGCCCACGGGGAAACCCGGUCCCCAAAUGACCAGGGACGCACCAUUUCUGGAAAUACGCCUGCCGGGCUUCACGGGACACGGGCCAUGGCCCGUCGCGUGGCCAAAGAUCCGAGGACCACAGACGGCUGUUCUACAGGGAAGGAAUUUUU